UUUCAGACUUGGUUUGUUUUGAGAAGUACUCUUUUUUAGUUUGUUUCUUUUCCGUUUACUUUGCGAUGUCUGGACGUGGCAAGCAAGGUGGUAAGGCUCGGGCUAAAGCGAAGUCUCGCUCUUCGCGGGCCGGUCUCCAGUUUCCCGUGGGCCGAGUGCAUCGCCUACUUCGUAAGGGCAACUACGCUGAGCGGGUCGGGGCUGGCGCGCCGGUGUAUUUGGCAGCGGUAUUGGAGUACUUGACGGCUGAGAUACUGGAGUUGGCUGGUAAUGCGGCGCGCGACAACAAGAAGACUCGCAUCAUCCCACGCCACCUGCAGCUGGCCAUCCGCAACGAUGAGGAGCUUAACAAACUGUUGGGCCGCGUGACCAUCGCUCAGGGCGGGGUCUUGCCGAACAUCCAGGCGGUGCUGUUGCCUAAGAAGACCGAGAGCCAUCACAAGGCCAAGGGCAAGUGAUUUGACAGGGAUUUGAGUUUCCGGAAGUGCUUUCAAACCCAAAGGCUCUUUUCAGAGCCCCCUACUAUUUCAAAGGAAGAGCUAACACCACUUGGAAUAUUAAAGAAAAAGGAAGGUUUCAAAAGCUUCUCACUACAAAGAGAUGCCUAGAUCCAGAGUGUCUGUCAAACUCAUCAAUUCUCAGAAAUAAAUGGACUGGCAUCUGUGUUCUGACAUUAUUGAUUGAUUCUGUACCUGCAAAUGUUUUCCUAUUAAAAACUUACUUGGGUUUC